CUGUAGAUACAUAUAAAUUCACAAAACUUUCUUCGCAAAUUAAUUAAACAUGAUAGGUUGGGAAGAUAUAUACAAGGUGGUGGUGGCCAUGAUGCCACUCUAUGUAGCACUCAUUUUAGGCUAUGGUUCAGUAAAAUGGUGGCACAUGUUCAAGCCAGACCAAUGUGAUACCAUUAACAAAUUCAAUUGCUUCUUCAUCCUCCCAUUUUUCGGUUUCCAAUUCAUAGCUAACAUCGAUCCUUACAACCUCAACUACCUCUUUUUAACCGGAGACCUAAUUGCUAAAGUCUUAGUGAUCCUGAUUCUCGCCUUAUGGGCUAAUUUUUACAAAAAGGGGAGCUUUUCUUGGUCAAUAACAACUUUUUCUUUGUCCACAUUGAAUAACACACUUGUUGUUGGUGUCCCAUUGAUGAAGGCCAUGUAUGGGAAUUUAGGGGUUGAUCUUGUUGUUCAAGCUGCUGUGAUUCAAGCUUUGUUAUGGCUUACUUCUUUGUUGUUUGCACUUGAGUUUUGGAAAACAAAGAUGAAUAAUAAUGUUGAUGAUGUAAUUGAUAAUUCUGUUGAAUUGGGGAGUGUUAGUGACUUGGAAGGAAAUACUACUGCCCAAAUAAGGAAUAAUAAUAAUGCUGCGCUAGCGUUUUGGCCAUUGAUUAAAGCUGUUUCUAUUAAACUUGCUAAGAAUCCCAAUUCUUAUGCUUGUUUUCUUGGUCUCUUUUGGGCUCUUUUAGCUAGCAGGUGGAAAUUUGAAAUGCCAAGCAUAAUAGAGGGAUCUAUCUUGAUAAUGUCAAAGGCUGGUAGUGGCGUUGCAAUGUUUAGUAUGGGAUUAUUCAUGGCUUUGCAAGGGAAGAUAAUUGCAUGUGGAGCUGCAUUGACAAUUUAUGCUAUGGUUUUGAGGUUUGUCGUUGGACCAGCAACUAUGGCACUCGGCUGUGUUGUUUUGGGCUUGCAUGGAAAUGUUUUGCGCAUUGCUAUCCUCCAGGCAGCAUUGCCCCAAGCACUGACUUCUUUCGUUUAUGCCCAAGAAUAUGGACUACAUGCAGACGUACUUAGCACUGCGAUAGAACGGAAAAAGUAUUCUGUAAUAGCAGCAAUGCAAAUUACAGAACUUCGGUGAACUCAAAGAUCGGCAGCAAAUCACACUGGAUGCUUACUGUUUGGUUUGAAAAUUAUGCAGAAUGCAGAAGAGAGAGGGGAGUAACAAUGCAGUUUUGUUUUUCUGGAAAUUUCUUAGUGUGUAAAACUGAGGCAAAGCCUCGGAAUUUAUAGCCAGAAGUUUUUUUGUGAACAGGUGCGGACAUACCUGUUCAUCACGCGUUGUGUCUGUUCGGUAAUAAUAUCAAUUAUUACUGUUGGGAAUUAAAUCAAUGUCUAUGAAUUUAAUUUAAUUAAAAUCCGCGCAAAAACCAUUGAGGGAAAAUAAAUAAUAGAAUUUAAGAAAUAAAUUCGGUCCAAAAAAUUUAUCAAUCAGAUCAUUUGACCGAAGCCUAAGCUGAACCUAGCGACGACGACGGCGUGAGGAGAGAUCCUCUUCUUAACCCUUUAUGAGCUGGAAGAUGUGCUUCUAAAUAUAAGCACACACAUAUCACUUUCCACCACCAGUGUGGGAGAAUGCUCACUUGGAAAAAUUACAUUUCCAAAAUUUCAUUUCCUUCCAUUUCCCAAUUCACACUUCACCUUUAAAGCUCAAUACUUGGUGACUUUAAAUCCCAACAAUCCUCCACAUGAAUGGGGAAUGACUCUAUUAUGCAUGAAAAACUGUGGGAGCAUAUGUAGAGAAUGCUUCUCUAAUAGCACAAAUGUGGCGAGUGGCGCCAAAAUCGAUGCACCACUCUUUAGGAUUUCCCACGAGAUUGCACUCAGACAACAUAGCGCACAAGUCAUCAACUUCCUUAUUUGUUUCAAUCAUAUUAGCUUGACCCUUUUUCUUUUCCUUUUUCGGAGCACGACAAUCUGCAGUUUUGUGUCCGAGUUUUCCACAAUUGUGGCAGUUUCCCUUGAAUCUCUUCUUGUCAGGAUAGUUCCUUGGUCCUGACGCCUUUUUCCUCUUUUUAAGAUUUUUUAGAACAGUUUCAACAAU